AUGACACAGAAAAUAUAUAUUCUAACCAUAUCUGAUACCAAUGGCUUAAUAUGUUUAUUCAGAGCUUUCUGGCGUCAUAGAACAAGACGCCAAACUAUUCAUCAAUACUUUUCCAAAUCCACAGAUUUUGUAUCGCCAAAUGUUUGUAUGAUCAACGUUUUAACUCCUUAUGACUUGAUUCUUCAUCUAUACAGUGGACCUAGAACCCUCAUUAUUUUAUUGAUCUUUUUAUCAACAGCCUCGCUGUUUGAAACUGCGUCUAGAGUUGUUAAGCAACCAUCACGUUUAAUGACUGCUCUUUCAAGUACUUUUAGAGAUUUAUUUUUCUAA